AUGUUGUACCCCAAAGGUCUUCAGAGUCAGGGUUGGGACUUCUUCUUCUUCUUCUGGUUGAUGGAUUCCUCAGAGUCUUCACGCGCCCCCACUCGAGUGCCAAGAAGUCGGACAGUGGCAGUUGAAGCGAGCCGAGCUACUCCUACUCGACCACCACCUCGGAAGGCCCCUCCGACGUGUAUUGUUGCUCACAAUAAGCCUGAUCGAUUAGUGACUUAUCGUCGUGGCCAACUGGUGCAAGCGUUCAUAUCGCAAAUACCAGAGAACGACUACGACCCCGACAUAGGGUGGAUGAAGGUUGGCAGUCGUGUCGAAGGACAGGUGUCACCACGUCUUGGCAUGACGGACGGCUGGGUGGACGCUACUAUUGUUGAUGAUUUUGACAAGAGCCAGUAUCAGGCUGAAUUGAGGGAAACCUGGCCGGUGGUUGAGUACACCCACACACUUUGGGGGGAUGGUCGAGGGGCUAUGCUGGAUGGCAACAAGGCUUAUAACCUUCGACAGUCAAUGAGGAUGGAGCACAUCAGAUUAGCGACCUCGGAGCGCCGAACGCCUAGUCUCAGCCUGUUAAUCGUUCGUUAUGGUGAUGGCAAUCGAAGGGUUGAUACUAGGUUCGAUAUGGCAGUUACUGAUGAGCUUAUAACUGAUCUCAUGCGAGAUGGUAUUUACGCUACAUACGGUACUGACUAUGAAUGUUGGUGUGCAUUCAUCCGACAUACUUCUGAUUUGCCGAGAAUCUCAGAAGCGUGGGCGCGAUCUACUCUGACGCGGUCGGGGUGUAAGAACCUCGCGGCGAUGUAUUUCCUAUGGGGGGCUGUUCAUGGCGAUCACAAGCCGGGAUAUGUGGAGUACUCGAGCUUGUUUGAUCUGAUGCAAAGAAUGGAAUCGGUGGGAAUACCGACGAGAUGGCCGAAUCCAGUAUCACUUUAUAGAGUUUUGAGCAGCAAGUCUUGGCAAGCCGCGUUGGCGACUAAUACGGCCUUGAGAAUCCCGCCGACCACGACUAUUCAACGCGCGGAUUUUGUGCAAGACCCGACAGGAACUUGUCGGAACGCGGUGAGAGCUCUUGAAAUGCAGUCUGAUGUGUUGUGGAGUAACACGAGAGCUUUGUCGGUGUAUUCGGAAAAAGGAGUGGUGAAAAUUGGGUACUCGUGGAUGGCUGAAGGAGUUAAGUCGUUUUAUGGCAUUAUCGAUUUGGAGAAGAAAGCGCGAGCGUUGUGGGAAUCACUACCGAACCGGGAGUCCACUUUGAUGGUGCAGCAUCGUAUCGACGAUAUUGUCACCGAACCCAGGGUCUUCGUCUUCAACGGCAAACACCGUGCUUUGUACGACUUGAUUUUCUGGUGGCGAAAGCGAAACCGGGGAGCACCACUGCUGUUGGAGGAGCUGGAGGACGGCAGAGAUCUCCUAUGGAGGAAAGUUCUGGACGUUACUGAGUUCCUUGGGGUCCAUCCUGGUGGGGAAAAAUCAAUUAUGAACUUUGCGGGAAAAGACGCGUCGAAAAUGUUCAACAUGAUCCACUCACCCGACCUGGAGGACGGCUCGAGAGUUACUAUAGUGGAUUUCUCAGCGGUCGGUGAUAUGGGUUCUCCGAAAGGAAUAUUGAUGUCGGAAGUCGCCAAGCAUUGCACUGACGAGGAUUGUUAUAUUGUGGUUAAUGGCGAGGUCAUUGACGUUAGUAGUUUCCUGUGUGUUCAUCCUGGUGGAAAAGAGUGUAUUAUGAAUUUCGCUGGCCGCGAUGCUAGUGAGAAAUACAAUUUGGUUCACCCGAAGGGAUAUGUUGCGAAAUAUGUCCCUGAGCUCGUUCUUGGGCAGAAAAGAACGUAUUUCGAUGAAGGAUUGGGAAAUGGCCAUAACUGGCGCGAUACUAUUGAUAUUCUUGUUGGUUCAUUUACUGCAAUUUCGACUGGCACCAGCAUCUCUAUUGAGUUCCUUUAG